AUGAUGUUCCACAAGCGUGAGCCUUCACAGGUCUCUACACUGGCCGGGCCUUCUGGCCCCGGAGGCCGUAGCCAGCUGCCUAUGCUACAGAUGCCAGACAAGAUGCGCUUCAAUGUCCUGUGCAUGUUUGGCGAGUUUGUUGGCACAUUCCUCUUCCUCUUCUUCUCGUUCGCUGGAACUCAAGUCGCCAACACUCCUAUGCCCGAACCUGGAUCUUAUCCGAAUACCUCCAAUCUCUUGUACUCGGCUCUGUCUUUCGGUUUUGCUUUGACUGUCAAUGUUUGGGCUUUCUUCCGAGUUACUGGUGGUCUUUUCAACCCUGUAGUGACACUCGCUCUCUGCUUGACUGGUGGCAUGCCUGCACUUCGUGGUUUGAUGGUCUUCCCUGCCCAACUCGUCGCCGGAAUUGCGGCCGCCGGUGUUGUUAGCGCCCUUUUCCCCGGUCCUCUAAAUUGCGCCACUCGAUUGGGUGGUGGUGCCUCUAUCUCGCAGGGUCUCUUCAUCGAGAUGUUCUUGACUGCUCAGCUCGUCCUUGUCAUUAUCAUGUUAGCCGUCGUCAAGCACAAGUCGACCUACCUCGCUCCUGUCGGCAUUGGUCUUACUUUCUUCGUCUGCGAAUUGAUCGGUGACUAUUACACCGGCGGUUCCCUGAAUCCUGCUCGCUCUCUGGGUCCGGACACCAUCAACCGCAGCUUCCCGGGGUAUCACUGGAUCUACUGGGUUGGUCCUCUGCUUGGAUCACUCCUGGCAUCUGGCUUCUACCACCUUCUCUGCUAUGUUCGCUGGGAGCACAUCAACCCCGGUCAAGACUACAACGAGUGGGAGAUCAAGGCUCGGAAGGACUCCAUGGGUGCCUCUGAGCGCACUAUGACCGAUCCUGUUCAUAAUGGCAAUGGCACUUACACUAGCAACGGUAAUACUACCAAUGGCUCUGCCCGCCCCCCGACCUCUGAGACUGCUCCCGAGCAGCAGGUUUAA